AUGACCAGAACACUCGUGACAGGCGGGAGCGGCUUCAUCGCAGCCCACAUCGUUGACGUGCUUCUGAAAAGAGGUCACUCAGUGGUGACAACGGUACGCUCAGCAGACAAAGGCGACAAGAUUCUUGAGUACCAUUCCGGUGUUGAGAAGUCCAAGCUGAGCUAUGCUGUGGUACCAGACAUGUCCCAAGCAGGAGCAUUCAACAAAGCUGUUGUAUCCGACCCACCUUUUGAGGCAGUCAUCCACGCUGCCUCGCCGUAUCACUUCCAGGCAAAGUCGCGGAGUGAGGUCGACGCUAUGCUGUCUGCAGCAGAGGAUGGCACAGUCGGAAUCCUGAAAGCAAUUAAGGCGCAUGCCCCUUCGGUAAAGCGUGUGGUAGUGACUUCUUCUUUCGCCUCAAUUUUCGAUCCCAAAAAGGCUCCGGAUUACAAGUACUCCGAGAAGGACUGGUCACCAGUCACGAAGGAGGAAGCCUACCAAAAUCCCAUGGCUGCAUAUCGCAGAAGCAAGGUCGCUGCCGAGAAGAGCGCCUGGGACUUCGUUGAGCAGGAGAAGCCUAAUUUCUCGCUCGCUACUGCCAAUCCACCACUCGUCCUAGGUCCAAUCAUCCAUCACCUGACUUCUCUUGACAGCCUCAACACCAGCAAUCAGCGCUAUCGCGAUAUCAUCAACGGGACCUCACAGUCGAAACUGCCCCCGACCGGGAACCACCUCUUCGUGGACGUCAGAGAUAUAGCGUUGGCACACGUGCUCGCGGUCGAAAAGGAAGAGGCAGGAGGCAAGCGCUUCUUCGUCACAGCAGGCAACUUUUCGAACGCGGAGAUCGUCAAGAUCAUCGGUGAAGAGUUUCCAGAGUACAAAGACGUCUUACCAACCGGGGAGGCGCUCAAGUCUGGGGAUUAUCCACCGGAAGGUGUUGCGGGAUACGACAACAGCCGAUCGCUGGAGGUGCUAGGGAUCAAGUAUCGGGGAUUGAAGGAGAGUACGGUAGACACGGUGAGGAGCCUACAGCCGCUGCUAGGGAAAUGA